UGACGUCACUUUUUUGGGAACGGUGCGACCGUCCCAUCUGGAGGCAGCUAGUAAGGGAACUGUAGUAUGCAGAAGAUGCUGUCCAUCAUAUCCAACGUUUUGCGGGGAACCGCCAGCAAGAAUGGAGCCGAGGUGGCCUCAGAGGGCGCUCGGGUGGUGCUCUCCUCUAGGGGCUACGCAGACUUCACCCCGCAGGCAUCCUUCGACAUCAAGAAGUGUGACCUGCAUAAGCUGGAGGAAGGCCCGCCCACGGUGGCAGUGCUGACGAGGGAGGAGGGUCUGCAGUACUACAGGACCAUGCAGACGAUGCGGCGCAUGGAGCUCAAGGCUGACCAGCUCUACAAGCAGAAGAUCAUCCGCGGCUUCUGCCAUCUCUAUGAUGGACAGGAGGCCUGUGCAGUUGGCAUUGAAGGGGGCAUCACACUGUCGGACCACCUCAUCACUGCCUACCGUGCCCACGGAUACACAAUGACACGCGGCGGCACCGUCAGAGAAAUCCUGGCCGAGCUGACUGGUCGUCGGGGAGGAAUCCAAAAAGGAAAGGGCGGGUCCAUGCACAUGUACACUAAGCACUUCUACGGGGGAAAUGGAAUCGUGGGAGCUCAGGUCCCUCUAGGUGCAGGUGUUGCCUUGGCCUGUAAAUACCUGGACAAGAACCAGGUUUGCGUCAGUCUCUAUGGUGACGGAGCUGCAAAUCAGGGGCAGAUCUUUGAGACGUACAACAUGGCGGCCCUGUGGAAGCUGCCCUGCAUCUUCAUCUGCGAGAACAACAAGUACGGCAUGGGCACUGCAGUGGAGCGCGCCGCUGCCAGCACCGACUACUACAAGAGAGGAGACUUCAUCCCAGGCAUACGGGUGGAUGGCAUGGAUGUCCUGUGUGUGAGGGAGGCUACCAAGUUCGCAGCUGAUUAUUGCCGCUCUGGAAAGGGUCCUAUGCUGAUGGAACUGCAGACAUACCGUUACCAUGGACACAGUAUGAGUGACCCUGGAGUCAGCUACCGGACACGAGAGGAAAUCCAGGAGGUGCGUAGUAAGAGUGACCCUAUCUCCCUGCUAAAGGAUCGCAUGCUUCAGAACAACAUGGCCACCGUGGAGGAGCUCAAGGAAAUUGACGUGGAGGUGCGUAAGGAGAUUGAGGAUGCAGCUCAGUUCGCCACCACUGACCCCGAGCCCCCACUGGAGGACCUCUGCAACCACAUCUACUCCAGCGAGCCGCCCAUCGAUGUGCGCGGCACCAACCCGUGGAGCAAGCUGAAGUCCCACAGCUAAACAGGAGGAAGAGGAGGAGGGGGGGGGGUACAUGUGAACAGAAGAGAAGGGGAGGGGAGACGAGAGGAGAGAGGGAAGGGGGAUGAGAGUGGGGAAGACAAACUCAUCAGAAGUUUAACCUUUUUAAAAGCCCAGUUUCUUUAACUUUAAAAGCCCAGUUUCGUUAGCUGGGCUCCAGAGUCUAAAUAAAUACAUCUUAUUUUUCUGGGUUACAAGUCUGAACAAACUUCCUCAGCUCCAGGGACAGAGAGAGAGAGAGGGGGGGGGAGGGGGGAAUGGAGAGACGUCUGCUUGUCAGGGGAGGUAGAGAGGGAAGUCAUAUCAGCAUACACUCACAGAGAGGGAAGAACACUUUGCCUUUUCUUUUAACCAGUUUAAUCUUUCAUCAAGCCUUCUUUCAUGCAGCUUUCCGAGGAAGGCAGGAGAGGAAAGGAAACAGAUCUCUGCCUUUUCUUAAUAUUGUUGCUUAGGUCAAAUAUAAUCAUUGCUAUUAAAAACUGGAACAUUAUUAACCUUGAUCUCUUUCAGAGGCCUAAUGUUAGCUCAGAACCACUCAGAAGCGCUCAGAGGCAUUUGGGGGCGGGGCCCUUGGGGUCUCUACACUCGACAGCGUGAGACGGGGGCCUCGUGUUAACAUCGAAUUUCGCCGAAGGCUUGUCCGACGCUAUACAGACAUUCGUGAAAGACCUCUUUUAAAAAAACAAAAUAACGCACAAAACCUUCUGGUACUUCUGGUGGCUCCUACAACACUUUGGUCUUUUUGUAACAUUUCUGUGCUCUUAGUCGCACUCCUCCGAUGCCAACUGUCUUUGUGAGUGUGUGUGUUUGUGGGUGCCCAUGCAUGCAUGCACACACACAGACACACAGAGCCUGAUUCUUACACUUUAGCCUUCUCUCACAAAAACACUCUUGAAUUAUUGCACUCCAUUGAAAGUACUUUGAUGCGUUACUGUCGUCUUCAGAUGUGGUACACACCUUUUACUUUCUGUCGGAAACUCAUGAGUGACAAUGGUCCUUACCAGAGACCGCCACCUUUCAGUCAGUGACAAAAAAGGGAUUUCUGCAUCACUGUUGAUCAGAGACUAUCAGCUAUAAGACCUCAGUUAGGAAUGGUGAAAAGGGAAAAAGGAAAAUGUUAACCUUUCUGGAAAGAGCAUUUCAUCUUGCCAAACUUUUAACACCGUUAAUUACACAGUUGCUUGUAUUCAUAUCGGCACGUCGUGUGUGUAGUUCCUGAAGCCAAGGCCGUCUCAUCUCCACACCAGCUGCUGCUGCUGCUGUAGUUAGGGCCUGUUCAGGACCAGGAGCCCAGAGCCUGUGUGGUGGAUGGGCUUCCCAGUCUGAAGCCGCCGACCUCGAUCACGGAAACGGAGGCGUGAUCAGCCCCGAGGGACCCUGGGGGGGUGGGGCUGUCAGGGCAACUCUGCUGGGUAGUCUGUAGAGACCAGACAGGUUUGUAGUGCAGGGUAACAUGUUCACCUCUGUAUUGCAGCAGAACUACUACUGGUCACGCUCUGGCUGCAACGGCAGGGCCUUAUGUGGCGAUAUUAGUGAUUGUAGCAAUAUUGAUGAUGCAGUAAAGAAAUCCACAGCGGAACUUGAGUAUGAGACCUUUGUGUCACUCCUCUGCCAAACAUUUUUUCUGUUUUAUGGAGAAAGUACAGAUUUAGGUAAAGCACCAGAUACAACCAUAAAACAGAUUAAAUGCUACACAACACCUACAAAAGACAUUAUUAUUAUUAUUAUUUUUUCAUUUUAGUUGCAGUUUUUUAAAAUUUCAGAACGCACAAACUUAGUCUUGCUAUUCUGCUGUCUUCUCAAAGUCUCUCUACCUCUCAUGUUCAGCAGUCACUGUCUGUGUUGUAUUUAUUGGGAGAUUGUUUUUCUUUGUUACAUUAAAAGAGAUGAAAUACC